AUGGCAACAAAGCCAAACACACACAAGAGAAAAUUUGAAAUCAAGAAAGUGGAACAAAAGAUCAAGGAAAGAAUGACUUUCCCCAAACAUGAAGUAGGGCUUUUCAACAAAGUCACUAAAUUAUCCAUUCUAUGCGAGGCAGAAAUAGCAUUGAUCAUCAACUCUGAGAAGAAUGGCAACCUUCAUGCUUGUGGCUAUCCCAGUACAGACACUGUCAUUCAACGCUUCGUUGCAGGAAGGUAUUCGGAUCCCAACCGAUAUGUCCGUGAUGAUGAAAGGAAGAAGCAACAGGCACUUGAAUCCUUAAUUCUACAAUAUGAGGCCUCCGAGGCUCAAUUGGAGGAGAGAAAGAUGCAUCUGCAAGAAAUGUCACAAAUAAUGACUGAUAGCUUCUUUAACUUUUGGUGGGAAAAUUCGAUUGAGGAGAUGAGUUUGGGCGAUCUUGAGAACUUCAAGGCUUCUUUGGAAAAUUUGAAGCUUAAUUUGGUUGCUGUAGGACAAGAGAAGAAAUUUAAUUCACUGCGACCACAACCACUUUCAAUUGUUUCCUCCCUCACAGAUAUCAAAUCUUGA